UCAGUUUCCCAGCGCACAAUGAAAAGGGCGGUGGCGCUGACAACAAGAGGGGAAAACGAUUGUGUCGAAAUCUCGUCCCCGAAAUCAGCGUGCAGAGGACACUGACCGCUUCAUGUACGGCGGUCAGAUGUGCAGAUAGAUAAAACCCCAGAGUCAUUUCAUCGUUUUCUGUUUUUAUUUUUAUUAGAUGGUCCUCGAUGAUUUUCUUUUUUUUCGGAGGUGCUGAAAUGCAGCCAGCAUCGUUUGAGCGAGUGGCUACCCCUCCCCUUUUGCCCACAGACACCAUCACCACAUCGCAGGGAGAGGGAGAGAGAGCAAUAGGCAGCAUCAGUGAAAGGAGCCAGCCUUGCUUGUAGGUUAGAGAUUUUUAAAAACAGCACAGACAAAGGAAAACAUGGAUGCACAGGGGAAAAUUCCCUUCCAUCAGGCACCAGAGAGGAUGCGGUGGUCGUCCUGCACAUAGCCGGAGUUAUGCACGGACUAUUCCCUCGUUUUUAAUGAGGCGGGUGGGCACGCACAGCAAGCUGAAAAGGCGGAAAGAUCUCUCCAACCCGUCUGCAAAUUCUGCCUGCGAUGGCUGUGACGGCGCGAUGCUGUUACAGUAUAAAUGAGAAUGUGCCUUUUUCUUUGUAUUUGGUUAUUUUCGUACUCAGUGGCCUUACAAAUGCACAAAUUCGAUACUCCAUUCCGGAGGAGCUGGAGAACGGGGCACUGGUCGGUGACAUUGUCCGGGAUUUGGGUCUGGACCUGAGAAAACUUUCCACGCGACGUAUCAGAAUCACAUCGGACAGCGGACGGAGAUAUUUCACCAUCAACCACAAAACUGGAAAGCUGGUGGUGAGUGACCGCAUUGACCGAGAGACAGUGUGUGAAUUCAGUGGCACCUGUUCGCGCAAUCUGGAGGUGGUGUUAGAGAAUCCACUGGAGGUGCACAACGUGGAGGUGGAGAUUUUGGACGUGAACGACAACGCGCCGCAAUUCCCCCGAGAUGAAUAUCAGCUCGAGGUGUCGGAGUCGGCUCUCCCCGGGUCGCGCUUCCACAUCGAGGGAGCUCAGGAUGCAGAUGAUGGCUCCAACUCUGUGAAGCAGUACCGCCUCAGCCCAAACGACCACCUCGCCCUGGACUCCAUUAAACCCUUUGCAAACAAUAAGCACAUCGAGUUUAUUCUCAAAAAGCCCUUUGACCGCGAGCAGAUGCCCUCCCAUCAGCUGAUCCUGACAGCUAUGGAUGGAGGCACCCCACAGAGAACUGGAACAGCCAAAAUCAAUGUGCGCAUCCUUGAUGCCAAUGACAACGUACCUGCGUUUGACAGCUCCGUGUACAAAGUAAAGCUGUCUGAAAACUCUCCAAAGGGCGCACUUGUGAUCAAGUUAAACGCAACAGACCCUGAUGAGGGCUCAAAUGGGGAGGUGUUUUACUCCUUCAGCAGUUACACACCUGAAAGAGUGAGACAGAUGUUUUCCAUGGACACAGAAACAGGAGAAAUCAGGGUGAAAAACAAUAUAGACUAUGAGGAGACAAACUCAUAUGAAAUGUACAUACAGGCCAUGGACAAGGGCCCGGCUCCUGUGGCAGUGCACUGUAAAGUAGUUGUAGAAGUUUUGGAUGUCAAUGACAACAUUCCUGAGAUUGUACUGUCUUCACUCUCCAGCCCCGUACGUGAGGAUGCCCGGGCUGACACGGUUGUAGCAUUGAUCAGUGUGAAUGACCGUGACUCUGGACCAAAUAAACAAGUCACCCUGGAAAUCAUGCCCAAUUUGCCUUUUAAGAUCAAGUCUUUCCGGAACCACUACACCAUCGUCACAGCCGCUUUCCUGGACCGGGAAACCAUCUCGUCCUACAAUGUCACUGUCAACGCCGUGGAUGGAGGCACGCCACCCCUGUCUUCUCAAAUGACCUUUAAAGUGGACGUUGCAGACGUGAAUGACAACCCACCUCGCUUUGAACAGACAUCGUAUACUGUUUAUAUUACAGAGAACAAUGCCCCCGGUGCACCUCUGUGUGUUGUUAAGGCCACAGACGCUGAUGCUGGAGAAAAUGCUCGCAUCACCUAUACUGUCCUCAAUGACAACAACCAUGGUAUCCCUGUAGCCAGCUACGUCAGCAUCAAACCUGAUAAAGGUGAAGCCUAUGCCCUGCGAGCCUUCGACUUUGAGAAGCUGAGAGAGUUUCACUUUCAGGUUAAAGCCCAGGACAACGGUGUGCCUCCGCUCAGCCGUGUGGCCACAGUGUAUGUUUACAUUAUGGAUCAGAAUGACCACGCACCCAGGAUAGUCUACCCACCUGCCAAUGGGAGCCGCACCACAGAGACGCUGAUGAAAAACGCUGAAGCGGGAGUGUUGGUUAGCAAGGUGACGGCAUGGGAUGGGGAUGCAGGGCAGAAUGCUUGGCUGCUCUACGCCCUGGAGCAGACCAACAAAGACCUUGACCUAUUCAAGGUGCAUGAGUACACAGGUGAGAUCCGCACCACAAGGCGCGUGAUUGAGGACAACUCCACCUCCUUCGUUUUGACAGUGAUGGUGCGCGAUAACGGCCUACCACCGCUCUCCUCCACAGCCACCAUCCAUGUGCACGUGAUGGAGCUGCCCCCAAAGUUGGCCCCUGACCCCAAGCGCAUCAUCAGGCCCAACAGCCCCCUAAUGUUUUCCAAUGUCACCCUCUACCUCAUCAUUGCCCUGAGUGCCACAACCUUCGUGUUCCUGGUCACCGUCUUUGUGCUGGCCAUUGUGCGUUGCCAUGCCUACUGCACCCAGCCUGGCUCUUGCUCCCCGUGUUGUGUCUCCAAGAAGAGUGUUCCAGAGGGGGGCACCUCGGCUGGUGGCGGUGGGGGUGGAGGAAGAGCUGCAGGUGGUGGAGGAGGAGGAGGAGGAGGACAAGGAGGUGGUGGAGGCGCAGCUGGAGGGCAACCCAACAACAACGUGGCCCUGCGCCGCGACCUCAAAGUGGAACCGCAUUAUAUUGAAGUGCGGGGAAAUGGGUCUUUGACCAAAACAUACUGUUACAAGACAUGCCUGACUGCCACGUCAGGAAGUGACACUUUUAUGUUCUACAACACAGGACGGCCACACAGUGGCACCUGGGGCUCGGGCUACGUCACCAGCCACAGCGGACAGAGCCAGUUAUUUGUACGGCGUCUCAGUAUGCCAGACGCAACUGCCAUUCAGCCCAAAGUGCCGAGUGCAGACUGGAGAUAUUCAGCCUCCCUGAGAGCAGGAGGUGUAAUGCAGAGCUCAGUGCACAUGGAAGAGUCCUCAGUAAUGCAAGGAGCCCAAGGUGUCCUGGUUCAGAACUGGCCCACUGCAUCUAGCGCUGCUGAUGCUGAAGGGGGAGAGGUGUCCCCCCCAAUGGGUGCUGGCGUAGACAGCAACAGCUGGCACUUUCGCUAUGGCCCCGGCGGUCCCGGUGCACCCCCACAACACCUGAAACCUGGCGAGGUCCCCCCAGAAGCCUUCAUCAUCCCCGGCUCCCCCGCCAUAAUAUCCAUCAGACAGAACCAGGGAGGAGAGGACGACAAGAGCGAUUUCAUCACCUUUGGGAAGAAAGAGGAAGCCAAGAAGAAAAAGAAGAAGAAGAAGGAGAAGAAAGACAAGAAGGAUAAGGGCAAGGAUGACGGAGAUGAGUAGAGGAGCGGAAAGAGAAAACAACAAAGAAGAAGAGGGCGUUGUUAAAACAGAGGUACCAACCAAAGUCCACUGGGCAAAAAGAAAAUGUGAAACCUAUUAUAGAUUUUUCCAACUUCAUUUUAUUACCUAUUUUCACUGAUAAUAUUUCAAA